CAGGGUCACGUGGAGUUGCGUUUCGCGGAGGAAGCCAGGCAGGGUGCAGACGGCUGCUGAUUCUGGGGCUGGUCAGGAAAUCAAGGAGAAGCCCCGUCAUGGACCCACCGUCGCUGAGCCAGGCCUCCCAAGCCCAGUGUGCAGCCCCAGCACCACUGACCUCCUACCGCUGGCACACAGGGGGCGGUGGGGACAAGGGGGCUGGUGGGUUCCGCUGGGGCCGCCUUGGGGGCUGGGGAAGGGCGCUGAGCCACCAGGAGCCCACAGCCAGCAGCCAGCCAGCCCCUCGCUCGCUGUUCCGUCGUGUCCUCUCUGCACCCCCCAAGGAGUCGCGCACGAGCCGCCUCCGGCUAUCCAAGACCCUCUGGGGGAGGCAGAAGAGCCCACCGCAGGACUCAGAGCCAGAGGCCCCAGAGCCCGAGCCCGAGCCGGAGGCCCCCGCCCCACAGAUCCCUGAGGCCCCCACACCCGAUGUGCCCAUCUGGAACAUUGGGGCCUUCACUCUGCUCGAUGGCAGGCUGGUGCUGCUGGGUGGUGAGGAGGAGGGUCCUCGCUGCUCACGGGUUGGGAGUGCUAGCUCUGAGGGCAGCAUCCAGGCGGCCAUGGGGAACCUCAGGGAUCCAGAUCGGACUCCUGGAAAGACCGAGGCAGAGGCUGCUGGCCCCAACCAGGUCCACAAUGUUCGGGGGUUGCUCAAGCGACUGAAAGAGAAGAAAAAGGCCAGGUCGGAGCUGGGAGCCAAUGCCUCCCGGGAUGGACCCCCCAGUGCUCUGGGCUCUCGGGAAUCGCUGGCCACACUCUCCGAGCUGGACCUGGGCGCCGAGAGGGAAGUGCGGGUCUGGCCUCUGCACCCCAGCCUCCUGGAGGAGCCGCACUGCUUCCAGGUAACGUGGGCGGGCGGGAGCCGCUGUUUCUCCUGUCGCUCGGCCGCUGAGAGAGACCGCUGGAUCGAGGACCUUCGUCGCCACUUCCAGCCCAGCCAGGACAACCUGGAGCGGGAAGAGACGUGGCUGAGCGUGUGGGUGCACGAGGCAAAGGGGCUGCCCCGGGCCGCGGCGGGGGCGCCGGGCGUGUGCGCCGAGCUUUGGCUAGACGGCGCGCUGCUGGCGCGCACGGCGCCGCGGGCGGGGCCGGGCCAGCUCUUCUGGGCCGAGCGCUUCCACUUCGAGGCGCUGCCGCCGGCACGACGGCUGUCAUUGCGGCUGCGCGGCGCGGGCCCGGGUGGCCCGGUGCUGGGCCGCGCGGCGUUGGCCCUGGAAGAGCUGAGCGUCCCCCGCGCGCCCGCCGCCGGCCUGGAGCGCUGGUUCCCGCUGCUUGGGGCGCCCGCGGGCGCGGCGCUGCGGGCGCGGAUCCGGGCGCGGCGCCUGCGCGUGCUGCCGUCCGAGCGCUACAAGGAGCUGGCGGAGUUCCUCACUUUCCACUACGCGCGCCUCUGCGGGGCGCUCGAGCCCGCGCUGUCCGCGCAGGCCAAGGAGGAGCUGGCGGCGGCCAUGGUGCGCGUGCUGCAGGCCACCGGCAGGGCGCAGGCACUGGUGACAGACCUGGGCACCGCGGAGCUGGCGCGCAGUGGAGGCCGUGAGGCGCUGCUGUUUCGGGAAAACACGUUGGCCACCAAGGCCAUCGACGAAUACAUGAAGCUGGUGGCACAGGAUUACCUCCAAGAGACUCUGGGGCAGAUCGUGCGGCGUCUCUGUGCCUCCUCUGAGGACUGUGAGGUGGACCCCAGCAAGUGCCAAUCCGCAGAGCUACCCCAGCACCAGGCGAGACUGCAAAACAGCUGUGAGGAGGUCUUCCAGAGCAUCGUCCGCUCCCACGACUGGUUUCCAGCUGAGCUGGGCACCGUGUUCUCCGGCUGGCGAGAAGCAUGCAAGGCACGUGGCUCUGAGGCGCUGGGCCCUCGACUGGUGUGUGCCUCUCUCUUCCUGCGGCUCCUGUGUCCUGCCAUCCUGGCACCCAGCCUCUUUGGCCUGGCACCAGAGCACCCAGCACCUGGCCCAGCCCGCGCCCUCACGCUGAUCGCCAAGGUCAUCCAGAACCUCGCCAACCGUGCCCCGUUUGGUGAGAAGGAGGCCUACAUGACCUUCAUGAAUAGCUUCCUGGAGGAUCAUGGACCAGCCAUGCAACGCUUCCUGGACCAAGUAGCCAUGGUGGAUGUGGAUGCGGCACCCAGUGGUUACCAGGGCAGCAGUGACCUGGCCCUCCAGCUUGCGGUCCUGCAUGCACAGCUUUGUACCAUCUUUGCUGAACUUGACCAGGCGACUCGUGACAGCCUGGAACCGCUGCCCACCAUCCUGCAUGCCAUUGAGGAGGGCCGGCCUGUGCCUGUGUCUGUGCCGAUGCGCCUCCCACCACCCCCGGCCCAGGUCCACUCCAGCUUCUCUGCAGGGGAGAAACCCGGCUUCCUGGCCCCUCGGGACCUCCCCAAGCACACCCCUCUCAUUUCCAAGAGCCAGUCCCUGCGCAGCGUCCAGCGCGCAGGGAGUUGGGCCCGGCAGCGGCCAGACGAGGAGAGACCCCGGAGGCUGCCCAGGCCGGUGCAGCGCACGCAGAGCGUCCCGGCUGGCCGCCCCACUCGCCGCCGCCCGUCUGCAGGGCCCAGGCCGCGACCCCAAGGCUCCGUACGCACGGGCCCCGUGCCCCGCGGCCGGCCCUGGACCGGAGCCUCGGCCUCGCUACCACGGAAGCCAUCGGUGCCCUGGCAGCGCCAGCUGGACCAGCCACGAGACAGAGACCAAGCGCUGGGCACGCACCGACCUAUGGGCAAGCUGGCAGAGCUGCAGUGCGAGGUGGCCGCGCUGCGCGAAGAACAGAAGACGCUGUCCGGCCUGGUGGAGUCGCUGAGCACCGACAUCCGGGCGUUGACCGAGCAGCAGGAGCAGCUUCGGGGCCAGCUGCAGGAGCUGGACUCCAGGCUCCGUGAAGGGACGUCGCAGUUGGAUCCGGGGCACCAUCCUCCAAGCAGUGAGGACCACCGGCUGAAAAGUCUGGAGCGCCGCCUAGCGGAGCUGGAGAAUGCUCAGGUCCAGCUGAGGGAUGCCGUCCAGAACCUGCAGCUUCUUCCCAGGACAUCAGGAUCCCGGAGCCAGCCCCUAGCCCUCAAAGCACCAUGCGUCAACGGAGACACCACCUGAGCUGCCCAGGCGGUCCCACGUGGUCUGGGAACAGAGAGAGAGCCCUCUUAGGGGUCUGUCCGAGCCCUGCCUCAGCCCAGCGUGGCCUCCAGUGGGGAGUGGAGCUUUAGGUGCUAACCAGUCUAGCACCAUGAGGUUGCCCAGUAAAAUCUUGAUUUCAGUAAAAUUGAUGGUUUUUUUGCCUCGAAGUGUUGCCAGUCACAAGGCACCCCUCCAGCAUUCAGCUCUCCCGAAUUCUCCCCUAAUUGGCAGUCUCAGGGAGAGCCCAUGUAAGGAGACUUUCGCCAGGGGUGUGACCUUAGGCCUUGACCCUCUCAGAGCCUCCAUCUCCUCAUCUGUAAACUGAACCUCAAGUUCUUACACAGUACAAGACCCAUAGUUUAAAGUGUUCCAUAAAAGGUAUUCUUCAUUGCUAGGGGCAGUGCCUGCUUCUCAAUGGAGCCCAGAUCCCACCUACACUAACCCCCCACCCCCCGGCCCCAGAUGAGAGCAUCUCCCUAGGCCCCCAGUCCCCACACCAGCUCCCUCAUGGCAGGGAGGGCGUGGGUCCAGGAGGCAGAGGAAGGAAGGGGCAGGUGGGUGUGGAGAUGGGUGAGCUCUGUGGGUGUUGGUUGGGUAAGUGAGUGGGCAUUUGAAUUAUGGGUGAGUGGAUGGGUGAAGAGUGGGCUGGAUGGGACAAUAGGUGAUGACUAGGUUGACAUUUGCUGGAUGUGGCCCUGGUGGAUAAGUAAGUAAGUGGUUAGCUGGAAUGGAUAUGUCUGCCUAGAAAAGGCCUAGAUCAUAGUAGGAAAUAAAUACCUGAAUUCAUUGAGUACACGGUUA